AUGUGUCAAUCAUCUAUUUCACAAACAUCAUUAAAACCACUUCAAGAGCAAAAUGAAAUUGCACGAGAAUGUAAGACAGUUCCUUAUGAAAUUAAAAAAAUUUGGAGAGACAAUUUGGCAAUGGAAGAAAAAACUAUCAGAAGGCGAAAUAAAAAUGAAAUUAAAUCAGGAUCAUCAGAAAUAAUAUCAAAAGAAAGACAGCGACAAAUUGAUAGAGCGGAUGGGUAUACUAUUGAUAACCCUUUCAUAAUUGAUAUGUUUAAAGCUUUAAAUAUUGGAUUUAAUUCUCCUUCUCGAUAUACUCUUUCUGAACGUAUACUUGAUGAAGAAGUAGCUAAAAUCAAAAAAUCAAUUAAUGCUGAAUUAGAUGAUGAGAUAAAUCUAACUUUAA